GAUGGCGGGAGCCUCCGACCCGCUGGAGGACGUGCUCUCCGACGAGGUGGACCAGAAGGCGGUCAGCGACCUGGUCGGCUCUUUGGAGUCCCAGCUGGGCGACAGAAAGACUCCCGUGGCUUCUUAUUCCGACGGGAAAGGAGACCCAGCAGCGGCCGCUGCCGGACACUUCUCAGGGAAACUGCGAGAUCAAGUGGGGUCCGCGGAGCAGCCGCCGCAACAAGGGCAUCCGAAAGCUGGGUCGACCCGGGAGCCCGGCGUUAACGAGCCGCUGUCCGGCCAAGCUCUCCCCUCUUCGACAUCCACAGGAGUCGCGGGGACCGUUAGAACCGCCGGAACCAGCCUGCAGACGGUGGGAACACCUACUCUAACCGCCUCGCCCGGACCGGGACCCGUAACUUUGAGUACUCAGCCCGUCGCUAGCUUCCACCGGACUGCGGUCCUGGGUCCGAGCGCGGCUCUCAACUCCGCGGAGGCGAUCCGGACCUCCUCUCCCGGAUUACAGGGCUUGAACGGCAGCGCCGGAGCCGGUGUUCCUCCGCCCGGUGGGGUCAGCUCUGUCAUCAGCGCCGGGGGCUCCACUAUCGUCGGGUCUAUGGCUUCCCAGCCCGGCUCCCCCGCCGUGGCCCUGCAGGGUCACCCCAGCCCGGUGAGCAGCGCCGCCCAGAACGGCCUGGAGCUCAAAGGUGCCCCAUCCACCCCAGCCUCUCAGGUCCUGAACCACAGCAACCCUCUGAUGCACACCAAGUUGCUGGUGGCGGGCCAGACCCCCACCGGGACCUCCGUCAUCUUAACCAGCACCCCACCUCCGGCUGCAUCCCAGUCCCCCAUCAUUCAGACCCAGACUGGGACCAGCACCGUUGGAGCCAAGCCCAUCAUCAAUGGUGUUGCUCAGCCCAUGGCCAUGGUCAGACCGCCUAGUGUUCCUGUGGGGGGUCCCACCUCCAUCCAGCAGCAGAGACCUGGGCUGGUGGCUGGGACGACCCGAGCGGCUGCCCCCCAGCCUGGGAUUACGGUCCGUCCCCAGCAACAGACCACCAUCCAGCUGUCCCCUGGCUUCACCAUACCUCCAGGUUCGCUUAUCGUUCGGACAGAGACAAAUCAGCUGGUCCUGUUCUCUCAGCAGGUUCUGGCUCAGGCCAAGCUUCAGCAGGGCCAACCGAUGGUCACCCAGAGACCAGCAGCACCUCUAAGCAUGCCUAACAUCCGAGUCAGCACCGCCACCACGGCGCCUUCAGCCCCUCCAACCGUCCGCCUGGCCUCUCCCCCUCCCACCAGGAUUGUUCAGUCUCCCUCCACCACCUCUGUACAGGCGCUGACGGUACCGGCCGCUGCUGGGGCCGUGUCUGUUAGGAUGGCCACACCUCAGAAAACCUCCUCCGUGAUAACGGCAGGAGGGACCGUCAAACCUACCGGCGUCCCUACCACCCCUGUCACCGGCACCGCCACGCCCCCUCCCGCAGCUACGCCCAUCACCAGAGUCACGGUGGUGUCGCAGGAAAUGCAGGAAAACGUGAAGAAAUGCAAGAACUUUCUGGCCACGCUCAUCAAGUUGGCGUCCCACAACUCCCCGUCUCCAGAGACGUCCAAGAAUGUGAAGGCCCUGGUCCAGGACCUGCUCGAUGCAAAGAUUGAGCCUGAGGAGUUCACAUCUCGGCUGCAGGCUGAGCUGAAGUCCUCCCCACAGCCCUACCUCAUCCCCUUCCUAAAGAAAAGCCUCCCAGCUCUGCGUCAGACGCUCCUCAACAGCCAGCAGUCUCUGAUGACCACGCCGCCAAGCACCUCAACUCUGCCUCCCACCGGCUCCGUCACCGCUACCGCCAUCCGGCCGCAGUUGCCCGGUAACGCCGCAGGCAGCACCAUCCGUCUGACCCCACCCAUCACCAACACAUCGGCCGUGGCUGUGUGCAGGCCAGGACUCCAGUCUGUUCAGACUCACUCACCUGUUGUCAUCAGUCAGACACUCAGACAUCCAACUACACUCAUCAGAGGAACAGCAGUCAUAGCCGGGAAAACUCCUGUCCACCUGGCAGCUCAGUCCAAUCAGAAGAAACUGAGUGACCCAGGGGGCGGGACCUUCAGAGACGACGAUGACAUCAACGACGUGGCGUCGAUGGCCGGCGUCAACCUCAGCGAGGAAAAUGCUCGUAUCCUAGCAACCAGCUCCGAGCUCGUCGGCACUAAGAUCCGAUCCUGCAAAGACGAGUCCUUCCUGCCCACAGUCCUCCUGCACCGGCGCAUCCUGGACACGGCUAAGAAACUGGGAGUGACAGAGGUCCCGCUGGACGUGGUGAACCUGGUUUCGCACGCCACUGAGUCCAGGCUGCGCUCGCUGCUGGAGAAGGUUUCUAUCAUUGCUCAGCACCGCUCGGAUGGCGGAAAGGACGAAGAGCACUACGAGCAGACGACGGAUGUUCGCUCCCAGCUGAGGUUCUUCGAGCAGCUCGAGCGUAUCGAGAAGCAGAGGAAAGAUGAGCAGGAGCGAGAGAUUCUGCUGAAGGCCGCUAAGAGCCGGGCCCGGCAGGAAGAUCCAGAACAGAUUCGGCUCAAGCAGAAAGCAAAAGAGAGGCAUCAGCAGGAACAGGCUGAGAUAAGACAGCGAGACGCUAACCUCACAGCUCUCGCCGCCAUCGGGCCACGCAAGAAACGCAAGCUGGACUCGGGAGGCGGCGGUGGCGAGGUAUGA